AUGUCUCGCCAUCAUCCUGACCUAGUAAUGUGCCGCAAACAAUCCGGCAUCGCCAUCGGCCGUCUCUGCGACAAGUGCGAUGGCAAGUGCCCCGUGUGCGACUCGUACGUGCGGCCGACGACACUGGUGCGCAUCUGCGACGAGUGCUCGUUCGGCAACUACCAGAACAAAUGCGUGGUGUGCGGCGGCGAGGGCAUCUCGGACGCGUUCUACUGCUUCGAGUGCACCAGACUCGAAAAGGACAGGGAUGGGUGUCCCAAGAUUAUAAACCUGGGUAGUUCCAGGACGGAUAGAUGCCCGGGCAUGGGCUUGUGUGGGAAGAUUGUUUGGGGUGGUUAA